UUGGCUUAGGCGCUGCAUCUGCAAAUCGCAACCCAAAAGUCUCUCUCUCUUUCUCUUUUUCUUUCUCUUUCUCCCUCUUUAUUCAUUUCGUUAAAUUUCUCUCCGACUCACAUCGGCCAUCGCUCUCGGAUCACUUUGGAAUUUCCGGCGGGGACUUGCGUCGUACUCGCAUGACAGAAUUAUUGCGAGUGUCGGAAUCCAUGAAUUUUCCGGCGAGGUAAGAUUCCGUUGAAAUUUUGCUUUGGUCCGAGGGGGAGGGGGAAACUUUGUGUAAUUACGGUCUAUGUCGCUUCAGAUCUGGGAUUUAGGGUUUGGCUUUGGUUGCGGGUUAUGGUAAUUUUGGGGGAGGGGCUUUGGUAGAUGGAAUCGGGCGUGAGAUCGAGUGGUUCUGGGGUUUUGGUGAAGAGCAGAAACUCCUCGGGUUGUUUAAUUGUGCGAAAGAAAGGGGAUGGGUUGGGUGCUACUGCUUCCACCUCUAGGAGGCUUUAUGAAUCGAAGAAAAGGGCCAACACUAACGUGUCCAUGAGUGACUCUGGGUCAAGCGACGAGUUGUUGAUGCCUCCUGGGAGAAGGCUUGGCCCCGAGACUAUUCGAGUUUGCAAUGGAUUGGCUGCCUCUGAGCGUGGUGGUAGUGAAAUUAGUCGCAAGAGGGAUAAAGUGGAACAAAUUAGGGGUAGUGGGGAUGGUAUUGCUGCGGAGAGAGGUUUGGAGCAUAGGGAAAGGAAGCGUGCUAAGUUGGAUGUGUACGAUUUCGAUGAAUACGAUGGUAUGAAUGUGGAAAACAUGAAGAGGAGGCAUUUGGAUGGUAAUGGAGUUGGUUACGGAGGAGGAAGGUUUGUAGGAUCAGUGCAUGCUUCUAGAAUUGGCGUUGAUAUGGAAUUCAAAGCAGGGUCAAGUGGACGUGUUCUUGAUAAGAGAAAGAACUCCCCUUAUGACAGGCCAGGUGGCUCGUACCCUGGGGAUAAUGUUGAUCACAGUCGGUUCAAGAUGAACAGGGAUGGGGCUCGGUUACCUCUACCCUCACCGAAGGAGAAGUUUAAUUCAGAUGAGACCAUUAGGGUUCAGGGAAAAAAUGGUGUUUUGAAGGUAAUGGUAAAUAAGAAGAAGGUGAGUGGGCCAUCAGAACACUAUGAUCAUCGCAAACCUGUGGAAAGCAGGCAAAGGUUGAAGAGUGAAGAGACUGCCAAGAGGUUGAAGAGCGAAGAGAAUGCCAAGAGGUUGAAGAGUGAAGAGAAUGCCAAGAAGUUGAAGAGUGAAGAGAAUGCCAAGAGGUUGAAGAGUGAAGAGACUGCCAAGAGGUUGAAGAGUGAAGAGACUGCCAAGAAGUUGAAGAGCGAAGAGACUGCCAAGAGGAAUGUUCCAAUUCGUCCUUCAUUGUACUUGGAAACCAAACUUGUUGAGAAACCAGGAUUACUUAAGAGGCCCGAGAAGAAGCCAAUAGCAUCAAGAAAAUCUUUGUCAGGCAAGGACAGUAAGGGUGAUGAAGGGGAUUCAGAUAACAGUGACACAUCAUUGAAUCCUGGAAUAAGAAAUACUGAAGCUCAUAAGCCUGUGAAAAAAAUAAUCUCUGAGGAUGAGCAGACUCCAGGGCAAGAAAAACUCCCAACCACAAGAACAAAAGAAGGAAAAAUCAAGCGUGGUAGUGGUACUGAAAAACAGAAACUGCGGGAAAAAAUCAGGGAGAUGCUGCUGAGUUCAGGUUGGACCAUAGACUAUCGACCUCGAAGGAACAGAGACUAUCUGGAUGCAGUUUACAUUAAUCCAGCAGGUACAGCCUAUUGGUCUAUCAUCAAGGCCUAUGAUGCACUUCAAAAGCAAUUGAACGAUGAUGCUAAUGAGGCCAUGUUCAAAGGGGACAGUUCUUCUUUUGCUCCUAUUGCAGAUGAGGUGCUCAGUCAGCUAACAAGGAAAACUAGGAAGAAAAUGGAGAAAGAAUUGAAAAAGAAAAAGAAAAGAUAUGAUAGUGAAAAUGAUAAUGAAAAAGAGCCUCAAAUAAGAAGAUCUGCCAGCAACAAACGUGAUAUGAAUAGCACAGAUAGUGAUAGCGACAGGGAGAAAUUAAGCUCCUUUAUAAAGCAGGGAAGUAAGUCAAUAAAAAAUAAAAUGUUUGAGAAUACCAUUAUCAGUGCUCGCUCUAAAAUUCAGAAUGCUAACCAUCACUCAAGUAAUGGAAUAGAAAAUUCAUUAUUUGGAAGUGAUCCUCAUAUACAUGGACGGAAGAGUAAAAAACAUGGAAGAUGUACCUUGUUAGUUCGCAGUUCUAACAAAGGAUUAAAUUCAGAAGCUGAUGGUUUUGUACCAUAUAUGGGAAAACGGACAGUUCUUUCCUGGUUGAUUGACUCUGGAACAGUAGAGUUAAGCCAAAAGGUUCAGUACCGCAGACGAAAGAAAGUCCUGCUGGAGGGGUGGAUCACAAGAGAUGGUAUUCAUUGUGGCUGCUGUAGUAAGAUCCUCACAGUUUCAAAGUUUGAGCUUCAUGCAGGAAGCAAAUUGCCACUGCCUUAUCAAAAUAUAUAUUUGGAAUCUGGAGUUUCUCUUCUACAGUGCCAGAUAGAUGCAUGGAAUAGACAAGAGCAUUCUGAAAAAAUUGGUUUCCAUUCAGUUGAUACUGAUGGCAACGAUCCAAAUGAUGAUACUUGUGGUAUAUGUGGAGAUGGAGGGGAUUUAAUCUGUUGUGAUGGUUGUCCAUCAACAUUUCAUCAGAGCUGCUUGGAUAUACAGAUGCUUCCUCCCGGUGAAUGGCAUUGUCCAAAUUGCACAUGUAAAUUUUGUGGCAUAGCCCGUGGUACUUCUGAAAAAGAUGAUGCAUCUGUGUAUGUCCUACGUACUUGCAACUUAUGCGAGAAGAAAUAUCAUGACUCUUGCACUAAGGAGAUGGAUACCCUUCCUAAUAACUUCAAUACAUCAAGCCUUUCUUUUUGUGGGAAAGAAUGCAAAGAGCUUUCUGAACACUUGAAGAAAUACCUUGGUACCAAGCAUGAACUAGAAGGGGGAUUUUCAUGGUCUCUUGUUCAUAGAACAGAUGAAGACUCAGAGGCAGCUUGCAGGGGAAUUACACAGAGGGUAGAAUGCAAUUCCAAGCUGGCUAUUGCACUGACCGUGAUGGAUGAAUGCUUUUUGCCUGUUAUUGAUCGGAGGAGUGGGAUAAAUUUAAUCCGUAAUGUUUUAUAUAAUAGUGGAUCAAACUUUAGUCGUUUGAGUUAUAGUGGCUUUUACACUGCGAUUUUGGAGAGAGGAGAUGAAAUCAUAGCUGCAGCAUCUAUCAGGUUCCAUGGAACUAUGAUAGCAGAGAUGCCAUUCAUUGGAACUCGUCACAUAUAUAGGCGCCAGGGGAUGUGCCGCCGGCUUUUUUCUGCCAUUGAAUCGGCACUUUGCUCUCUGAAGGUUGAAAAGCUAGUUAUUCCUGCAAUUGCUGAACUCACACAUACAUGGACAACAGCUUUUGGCUUCACGUAUCUAGAUGGUUCACUCAGGCAAGAAAUGAAGUCACUGAAUAUGAUGGCCUUCCCUGGUAUAGAUAUGUUACAAAAGUUGCUAGUGGAACAAGGAAAACAUGAGGGCAAUACAACCACAGGUUCUGAGAAAAUGGAAAAUGGAGACAAUUAUUUUAUUGAGACCAAAAUGGGAAAUAGGUCAGAUAUGGGUUCAACUCCGCAAGAUCCUCAUGGAAGUGAUGAUGUUAGUUCAAAUCCUGCUAAUGAGUCAAAUGAUGAAUGCAGCGAUGCUUCUCAAGAACUAAACAACCAUGUUUUGGUCGAUGGCACUCUCUGUUCCAAAUCUCCUUCUGAUGAAAUGGUGUCUGAGUCAGUCUCAGAUAAAUGUGUUUCUCCUUCUAGAACUAGUCACAGUGCACUACAAAUGAAGAAUGAAUUAGUGACUGCUUCUCCUGCUGAUAAAUUAAAUCCUUCCAAAAGUCAAUCCAUUUCUCUGAAUGACACUUGUUUGAGUAGUCACCCAUUAGAUGUUCUGAAAGCUCAAACUUCGGUUCAGGAAACUGCUUGUUCAGAUCCAUGUUCAGCAGAAAACCUUGACAAGAAAUUUCACUCAUCCACUGCUAUGAAUUGUGAUUCAUCGGAACUUGACAUGAAUCCAGUGUUGGAUUCUCAAAUGGCAGACAAUACUACGCCUUCUAAAGUGGUUCAUAUGAAUGACGCUCUUGAAAUUAUUCCUUCAGGGAAAUUAUCAGGAGAGAAUGUUACAAAGGGGAAUAAUGAAAAUGUAGAUGUCUCCAUUUCUGCUCUCAAUCAUGCGAAGGACAGUUAUUUGCAAGUAGGAUCUGAUGCCAAUGGGGAAAUUGGAUGUGAGAAUGAUAAGGAUUUACAUUUGAACCCAGGAGUUGCUUCAAAUGAAAUGGAUCUUGAUGAAAGUGGCCUUAAUGCUUCAGGUGAUAGUUCCGAGACUAUUCUGGUCUAACAGAAUGAUCAAGUCCUGUACUGCUCGUGAUACUCUCUGAAGCUUUCUUCUCAGAGUUUCUUGCCUUGUAUGCAACUCAAUUUUCAAGGCUUUUGAAGCUUCUGUGUUGUGCUUUUGGUCCGGUAUUAUGAAUAAGUUCCAUUGAUUCAGGGAAAUAUUGUUUGGUCCCUUGUCAAUUUGAGUUAAUUUUAUAAGAUUAAAAGUAGCUGACUUCAUUUUAUGUGAAUGUUACUUCUGCCAAAAAGAUUCAACUACAUUUGGCACCGGAUCUGGUGCCGUAUGAUCAUUUAGCCGAAUAGGUGAAGUCACUGGGAAUUGGGAAGUAAUGUGCAUCGGUUCUUCCACAGAAGCAAAUACUUCGCAUUAUAUGAUUGUGGUUCCUAUUGUAUAUAUCUGAAUCUGCUUGAGUGGAUAGGGCUUCUGCUCAAUCCCUUUGUGCCACUCAACGUCCGUAGUAAUUCAUCAAUCAUCAUAUGACACAAGCAAUUAUACUUUGAGCUAUUUUUUACUUUGAUUUUUUUGGUUUUUUUUUCUUUCUUUUUUUACUUAGAUUAGAAGCAUGUGUCUCAUCUGGCUUGAUUGUAUUUAAUGAGUAAUUGAGGGAAUUUAGAAGUUAUGUGUUUUUUAUUCGAAUCCGAGCUCCUUGUAUUCAGCUUUUGGUCAAUUUCUGCCGAAGUUCUUCAACAUAGAAUUUGGUUA